CCCUCAUGCGCUUGGACGUGUUGAGUGGUAUGAUCGCGUUGACUGUGUAAUUCGGCAUCAUGAAAAUCAUAGAGUUGGUCAUCGAUGGCUUCAAAUCCUACAGCCAGAGAACCGUCAUCUCCGGCUGGGAUCAAAGCUUCAAUGCCGUGACAGGACUCAAUGGAUCCGGAAAGUCCAAUAUCCUUGACUCAAUAUGUUUCGUACUGGGCAUCACGAACAUGUCCACGGUCCGAGCGCAGAACCUCCAAGACCUCAUCUACAAGCGCGGCCAGGCGGGAGUAACAAAGGCGAGCGUCACCAUCGUUUUUGACAACAGCGACAAGAGCACGAGCCCGAUCGGCUUCGAAGAAUAUGCGCAGAUUAGCGUGACGCGACAGAUAGUUAUGGGCGGGACAAGCAAAUAUCUCAUCAAUGGUCACCGAGCGCAGCAGACCACAGUACAGAACUUGUUCCAGAGCGUCGGACUAAACAUCAACAACCCAAAUUUUAUCAUCAUGCAGGGGCGCAUCACCAAAGUCCUCAACAUGAAAGCUGCCGAAAUACUGGCCAUGAUCGAAGAAGCUGCAGGAACUCGUAUGUUUGAGGAUCGCAAGGAAAAAGCUGUCAAGACCAUGGCGAAGAAGGAGAUGAAGGUAGUCGAGAUAGAGGGCCUGCUACGCGAAGAAAUCGAGCCCAAACUUGACAAACUGCGCGGUGAGAAACGAGCGUGGUUAGAUUAUCAGAAGACACAAAGCGAGCUCGAGAGAUUGACACGAGUGGUUGUCGCAGCAGACUACGUUCGAUCUGGCGAAAGGAUGAAGAGCGCAACUCAAGAACACGAAGUCAAGCGAGCCAAGGUACAACACCUGGAGGAGAAUGCCGUUAAGUUGAAACGCGAGAUCGAGAACUUGGAUGAAGACGCCCAACGCGUUCGUGCAGUUCGAGAAAAGGAGAUGCGCAAAGGCGGGCGGUUUCAAGCAGUCGAAGCCCAGGUGAAAGAGCUGAGUCACGAACUUGUACGCCUCGCUACUGUGCUCGAUCUGAAGCACUCUAGUCUGUCCGAAGAAGAGCAGAAAAAGAAAGACAUUGCGAAAUCUGUCAAGAGUCUGGAAAAACAAGUGAGUGACAAAAAAGCAGGGCUGGCGAAACUGCAGUCGCAGUGGGACGGCGCGAAAGCCGAGCAUGAUUCGCAAAACUCAGAAGUUGAGAAGAAGGAGGAGCUCCUGUCAACGCUACAGACCGGAGUUGCUUCUCGCGAAGGCCAGGAAAGUGGGUAUCAAGGCCAACUGCAUGAAGCUAGAAACCGAUUGACAGCCGCAACCACCGAGCAAGAACAAGCCAAGAUGAAGAUCUCGCAUCUUGAGAAGCGAAUAAAGGAAGACGAGCCCCGAGCCAAAAAGGCACGGGAACAAAAUGCGGAUCUCCUCAAGGGUCUCGAAGUGCUCCGCAAGGAAGCACAGAAGCUGGAGAGCGACCUGCAAAAGCUGGGAUUUGAACCUGGCCGGGAGGAGAGCAUGCGGGAGCAGGAAGUUGCUCUUCAAAAGAGCAUCCGCACUCUAACCCAACAAGCCGACGAGCUAAAGCGAAAAGUUGCAAACGUUGACUUUCAUUUCAGCGACCCUUCGCCAAACUUUGACCGCUCGAGGGUGAAGGGGUUGGUUGCUCAACUCUUUACUUUGGAUAAGGACAAAUCCGUCGCCGGUACCGCUCUCGAGAUAUGUGCUGGCGGUAGGUUGUACAACGUCGUCGUCGACACAGCAGAGACCGGGACACAAUUGCUCCAGCACGGAAAGCUGAAAAAGCGAGUGACCAUCAUCCCUCUCAACAAGAUUUCGGCUUUCAGAGCUUCAGCAGAGAAGGUUGGUGCCGCACAGCGAAUAGCACCUGGCAAGGUUGAUCUCGCCCUAUCAUUGAUUGGGUACGACCACGAAGUAUCUGCAGCCAUGGAUUACGUCUUUGGGACCACAUUGAUCUGUCAGGAUGCAGAAACAGCAAAACGGGUCACAUUCGAUCCAGCAGUCAGGCUGAAGAGCGUGACGCUUGAAGGAGACGUCUAUGACCCAUCAGGUACACUUUCUGGAGGAAGUGCUCCGAAUUCCAGCGGCGUCCUUGUGAUCCUCCAGAAGCUGAAUGAGGUCACGAAAGAAUUACAAAAGCACCAAUCAGAGCUUCAACAGCUCCAAGAGACCAUGAAAAAAGAGCAAUCAAAGCUCGCCAAUAUCAAGUCCGUCAAGCAAGUUCUGGAUCUCAAAAGCCAUGAAAUCAAACUUGCAGAGGAGCAGAUCUCCGGCAAUUCUUCCUCAUCGAUCAUCCACGCGAUCGAAGAGAUGAAAGCAUCCAUCGUGCAGUUGAAGCAAGAUAUGGCGGGUGCCAAAGCCCGGGAGACCGAGGCAACAAAAGAUGUGAAGCGGAUUGAGAAGGACAUGGAGGAUUUCAGUAAGAACAAGGACAGCAAACUCAAAGAACUCGAAAAGUCAUUGGUCGACCUGAAAAAGUCACUCAGCAAGACAUCAGCCGCGAUCAAGACGCUUCAAAAAGAAUUGCAGGACACAAAGAUCGACUGUGAACAAGCAGAAAGCGAUUUGAACGCGGCUCUGGAGCAACUUUCCGAGGCCGACACCGCCAUUGAGACCCAGAAAGAGGAACUCCAGAAUCUCCGGCAAGAAGAAGCCACCGUGAAGAGCAACCAUGAUAUCGCACAGGCCGAACUGGACGACGAACGAGCAAAACUGACGGGGUUCGACGACGAGCUGCGCGAAUUGGAACAAGCCAAAUCUAAGAAGUCCAAACAGAUCGCUGAAGAGGCCCUCGAGGCACAAAAACUGGGCCAUGCGGUCGAGAAAGCUCAGAAGGACGCUCAAGCAGCCGCACAACUGGUGGCAGCGCUGGAAAAGGAACAUGACUGGAUUGAGGACAACAAAGACCAAUUUGGGCGCCCCGGCACGCCGUACGAUUUCCACGGCAAGAACCUGUCCGAGAGUCGAGCAACCCUGAAAAACGUCACCGAGAGGUUCCAGGGGAUGAAGAAAAAGAUCAAUCCCAAGGUGAUGCCCAUGAUCGAUAGUGUCGAGAAGAAAGAGGCAUCUUUGAAGAACAUGCUCCGUACAGUCAUCCGGGACAAGAAGAAGAUUGAGGAGACAAUCAGCACGCUGGACGAAUACAAGAAAGAGGCUCUUAUCAAGACAUGGCGCAAAGUCACCGAGGACUUUGGCAACAUCUUUUCGGACCUUUUGCCAGGGAACAACACUGCGAAAUUGGUGCCGUUAGACGACAAUAUUGAUCGGAUUCAGGAAGGGUUGGAGGUGAAGGUGUGUUUGGGAAAGGUCUGGAAACAGAGUCUCACGGAGCUUUCGGGUGGUCAAAGAUCGCUCAUUGCUCUGUCCCUCAUCCUUGCCUUGUUACAGUUCAAGCCCGCUCCGAUGUAUAUCCUGGACGAGGUGGACGCGGCAUUGGAUCUUUCGCACACUCAAAAUAUUGGUCGGAUCAUCAAGACAAGGUUCCAGGGGUCGCAGUUUAUCGUCGUCAGUUUGAAGGAUGGCAUGUUUCAGAACGCCAAUCGUGUCUUCCGGACGAGAUUUAGCGAGGGAACAAGCGUGGUGUCUGUGAUGACACCUGGGGAGUUGAAGGGUUGAGUGCUGCUUUUGUCGAAAGUUCUUUGUCGGGUGAACUCAUUUGGGAGGCGUCUUGGGAUUGAUGUGAUAUGUUUGGUCGUGGCGAUCUGAGUCCAUUUAAGUACCUGUUGGGUUGGUCGAUGAGUUCAUGACUUGACGAGGGCAUGUUUUGGAGUGGUGAAGUAGGUGAAUCUUCCGCUUGCGGGUUGGCGAUCAGGCGCUGUCCUCAUUGCCAACGCUGCCAUGAUUUGGCACAAAUCUCUAACAAGCCUGGCUCUUCUUCACCUCGUUCCCAAACUUUCAACAACUUCUUCCACGACUCCUCUUACACCCGAGAUCUCAUGGGCAAACCUCCCCAAAAACAACCCAUCGACCCAUUUCCC